AUGCAAGGUACUGGAGGACAACGGGCGUGGCCUGGUAGUGGGUCGCCGGGCGUUUCUCGUGUCACCCAAGCAGGUGGUCCUCCUGGUUGGAUGCCAAUAGUUCCUCCACCGUUUGUUUCCCUCCCUCCCAUCCCUCAGGCAAGUCGCUCUCGGUCUGGACACCAGCGGCGGUCUUCACAUGAAGCAAAUGCUUUUGCCCAGUCGCUCACACCUCCCGCAGUCCCGAGUACUCGGCAUACCGAUUGGCAGAGCCGUCGAACAGUAGAAAGGCGCCUAUACGCCCCUGUGGACAGGAGGGUCACUGUGCAGGCGGCACGAAGUUCCCCCCGCCAGCAUGACUCUGGUGGCUUUCGAUGGUUGAGCCAAGAAACCCGCACAAGACAUAGCAACCAGACCACUCAGAGGAGUGCUGCAUCUCGGUUGGAGACUCACGGAGUGGCUGGAGUCCAUGCAAACUCAUCAGCUUUUACAAACCCCGUGGCCCGCCACACCGGUACGCCCAACGAAAGAAUAUCAGUAAAUACGAUUGGAAGGUCCCGGCCGAGGAGCGGUAGUCACUCUACACGGCGUACGUCAGAUGAUUUGUUCGACGAGCUUGCAAGCGCUUUCAGCGCCAUGGAUUUUAUCGGUAGCCAAGUGCCCGGCAGUGGUCGACGCACGCUGCCCACUUUCGAAGAGAUGGAAGGACGCACGAGGAGUUCUGAACACCAAUUUUUAGGAUUGUCUGGAUUUCAUUACACAGAUGUGAGAGGCCUUUUACCACUCCGUGGCGUUCCGGUUGUUUCUGCGCUGCAGCGACCGGGGUUUACUGGGGCAAAUCACACGAGCCACAGCAUUGAGCCAAGCUCUCCAAUGUCGGUUACCGAUAAUAGGUAUCUGUGGAGUGACAACCGUGGGAGACCCAGUCGGUCAGCUGGGCAUUCCAGUGGUAUCUUGAGGAUAUCGUUAAGGAACGAUGAGGCAUCCAUGUUUGAGGACGUGUUUGGGGAAAGCCUUGGAUCUCGCUUCCACCGCAGUGCGGCAGCCAAUAUGAUUCGCUCGUUUCUUUCAUCCGUGGUGGGCCCCCUUGGGUUACCGUGGCGAGGGCCGUGGGAGUUUCGGAUAGGGUUUCCGCUUUCAGAAACCCAUCGAGAUGCUCACCAGAGGCACUCCCGACUCACCAUUGGGGGGACGAAUUCUUCAUUUUUGCUGUUUGCAGCCGCAGCCGCAGAUCCGGCAAAUUUUGACGUGCUCGAGCACAACAUUGGGCGAUUCAUAGAGGAGGUCGAAAGCAGUUUUGCAUUCGAAGACUUCGACGACCUCGACACCCCACUCAUGCUCGUAGUUUCGCGAGGGGAUGCUGGCGCUGGAGAAGACUUUGUACCGCAUAUAUGGGGUGGUGGAAGUGGACCUCGUGUUACGUUUCAACAGCUAUCGGAGUCGAGAACUCUUCGGGAGAACCUGGGGCAGCACACAUUCAAAUGGACUUUUGGGGAAGCCAAGCAGCGCAGUGGCCAACCGAGUACCGCUUCGCACGGCGUGAAAACACCGGCAGGCACCAGCAAGGGAAUGGCCCAAAGGACACAUAGAGGUCUGGGGGAGCUUGAUGCUUCAACAGCUGCUUUACCUGACAGGUCAGGAGCGGAUGUUCAAACAGAAACGCACAAUGGCUACGAUUGCUGUAUCUGCUUGAGUGCGUUCGAACCUGGCGAUGCCCUCUUGACCUUGCGGUGCCUUCAUAUUUUCCACGAGCGCUGCAUAGACAGGUGGAUCAAGACAAGCUACAGUGUCAAGUGCCCCCUGUGUUCUACGAAAAUUGCGGAGCCUUCAAAUAGUGAUAACACGGACGAAUAG